AUGACUUCGGUGCGAGUAGCAGUCCGAGUCCGUCCAUUGAACAAAAGAGAAAAGCAGUUAUCCUCGAAGGUGAUAAUUCAUAUGAAGGAGAAGGCAACAACCAUUCAAAAGCCCACAGUUCGAGUGGACGAGCUCAAGGGCGUAGGGAAAACCUUUUCAUAUGAUUUUUCAUAUGACUCAUUUGACAGAAGAAGUCCCACGUUUGCAUCCCAGGAGAAGAUCUUCCGAGACUUGGGAUUUGAAGUCCUGAAAGCUGCAUUUGAGGGUUGCAAUGCCUGCGUGAUUGCUUAUGGGCAAACAGGCUCAGGGAAGUCCUACACUAUGAUGGGUCCUUCACACGAUAAAGGUUUAAUCCCACGGAUCUGUGAAGGCUUGUUCUGGGAGAUAUCUCACAGGAGCAAGAGCGAUGCCGUGAUGUUCCACACAGAGGUCAGCUAUCUUGAGAUCUGCAAUGAGCGGGUGCAGGAUCUUCUCAAAAAGAGAGCAUCACCUACAGAUGAUGGGGGCUUGAGCGUGAGGGAGCAUCCUAGGCAUGGUCCCUAUGUAGAGAGUAAGACUGUUUUUAUCCUGUAUUCUAUGUCCUUCCUAGCUGUGUUUGCAUAAAUCAUAGAUCUGUCCAAGCAUUUAGUACAAAGCUACAGUGAAGUGGAGGGCCUGAUCAUUCUCGGCAAUGCCAAGCGCACCACAGCCAGCAGGGGAGUGAAUGACUUCAGCAAACGCUCCCAUGCCAUCUUCACCAUAAUGUUCACCCAGGUGUGGUGUGAUGCAGAACCUUUAUACGAGACAGUGAGUAAGAUCCACCUGGUAGACCUGGCAGGCAGCGAGAAAGUUGAUCCCACACGCACAGUAGGAGGCAGGUUGAAGGAAAGUGCCGACAUAAACAAAUCUCUGGUCACAUUGGGAUAUGUGAUCUCAGCUCUAGCUGACCUUGGUGUAGGAGUGUCAACAACAAAACAGAUCUUCAUUCCUUACAGAGAUUCUGUGCUGACAUGGCUGCUAAAAGACAGCCUGGGUGGAAACUCUAAGACUACUAUGAUAGCGACCAUUUCUCCUGCUGAUGUGAACUACAUGGAGACCCUGAACACUUUGCGUUUUGCCAGUCAAGCUAAAAACAUAGUGAACUCUCCCACAGUGAACGAUAAUGGCAGUAUGAAGGUGAUGAGGGAACUGCAGUCAGAGGUUACCAAACUCAAUCGACUACUAAAAGAAGCCACUCAGGUUGGGCAUGAGGUGCCAUUAUCCUCUGUGGAUGUAAAGGAGGAGCUGAAUGAGACAAAGGAGGAGACGGUGACUCUGAGGAAGGAGGGGAGCGGAGUGGUGUUGGAUUGCUGUUUGCCUCACCUUAUCGGUGUUGGUGAAGAUCUGCAAAGCACUGGAAUCGCCCUCUAUUACUUGACAGAAGGCAGAACCAUAAUUGGCAAAGCAUCAUGCACCCAAGAUAUUGUGCUCCAUGGGCCUGGGCUCCUCAGUGUGCAUUGUGUGCUUGAGAACAUUGCUGGGACUGUAACCCUGUUCCCUCAGGAUGGUGCACUGUGCUUAGUCAAUGGCUCUGUGGUCACCGAUCCUUGCCAGCUGACUCAGGGUGCCAUCAUACAGUUGGGAAAAGGAGCCCCACUCUGGUUUAACCAACCGACUACUUCCCGACUUAGACUGAAAUACCAGAGUGGAUUGCCAUCUGUGUUCAGCCCAUCUGUGACUGACUCGUCCAACUCUACUGAGAAUUUGUCCAAGGCGAUGGUGCAAAAUCGAUGGACACUGGGCUACCUAGAAGACGUUUCAUCUCACACGGUAGUUUUGAAUCGGAUGGAGAGAACCUGCAGAAUGGAAAGCAGCUUUAUCUUCUCUCUGUUAAAGGACAGUCACAUUUUUUCCGUGGUGAAAGAGCUGCCUCUCAUACAGCACGUCCAGAUGGAUAUAAUUCAACCCCUUCAAUCUGAGGAGGCUGCUCAGAUGAUUCAAGGCUGCAUUAAUCCUGAAAACGCACAACUCCCUGUCCCGACCCCAACACAAACCCUGAGUAAGGCUGAUGAAUUGCCAAAUGACGUACAGCUUGUCUCUGGGGAUAUCUUGAAAAGGAAUGAAAGUAUGUGGGAUAUGGAGUCAACACGAAACAUGGUUGAUGGUAAUGUGAAACAAGGAGAUGAACUUAUUACAAAGCGGUUGCAACUGAAGCACAGCAGUGUGAAAGAGGUUACCUGUGAACUUAAAAACUCAAAAACAGUUCAAAUUUUCAUUCAAACGUUGAUAAAAUUUCCCGAUUCCCUUGCAAACCUGCAAAAUCUGCCACCCCAAAGCAUGAUGGACCAUCUACAGUCUGUUAUCUCCACUUCAGGCCUCCCAACUCAGAAGAUUCUUACUCUCUACUGGCUGAACGUAGCUAAAUGCAACCAACCAGAGCCGCAGUCUGCCCUCUUGAUCCUGAUGGAAUCUGCGCUUUACACACUAACCUCUGAAUCUGGUCUCUUAGUUUGGUUCCAUCACCUCCCUUUGUGUCAGUUGAAGGACAUUCAGAUAGGCCUAGCAGGCCAAAGUCUGCGUUUGAUAAGUGCUACAGAAGAAAGCGUCCUUGUUGUCUAUACCUACAGCCAAAAGCAUACUCAGUUGCUGUGUAGGGCCAUACUUAAUAUAAUCUGCCCUGGGGACUGCAGGGUACCUCAGCACCCACUGCUGCAUGGAAACUUGGCACAGAUGUCUUUAGGCUGGCGGGUCAGUGUACCUGAGCUGCUGCUGGAUGCUGGUUUAAGGGUUUGCUGUCAAUUUCAGAAGAGUCUUGCCGAUCUGAUAUACCUUCUUCAUUGUAACAUGAAUCACGAAACCGUCACUCUGGGAGAGGUGCAGCUGAAACUUUACACAAGUGUAGCAGUGCAUAUCAGUCCUAGUACCCACAGUAAGCACGUGGCUCAGUUUUUACUUACAGAUACACACCUCGGUCUGGUACGAGAGGAUGCUGUCUGCCACUCACUUUCACACUCUGUCACCACAGCUCCCUGCCGUCCCCACUUCCACGGCUUAACUCUUCGGUGGUGCUCGGAUGUUCGCUGCAUACUGGUGCACGACGAAAACGAGAACCGGCCUGUCAGGCUGGAUGUAAUCUUUGCAAAAGCACAGGGCAGGGGUCACCCUGAAAGCGUGACUAAGGCAGCUACCCCGAGUGCACAUGCUUUAAAUUCAUCUCCGCGUGCAGAAGUGUGGAAAUUAACUUUCAGUUGCUCCGCUGAGGCCGCCCGGCUGAUUAAUCACUUGUCAAAUGUCUGA